AUGGCCAAUGUUCAUGAUGUUCAAGUCAAUGGCUCUGGGCCGUCAGACUUUAAGGCGGCUAACGAGGGUCUCGACUACGACGUUUUGAUUGUUGGCGGCGGUCUCAGCGGCAUCUUUUCUUUGCAUCGAAUACGGGAACUUGGCCUCAGGACAAGGGUUUUGGAGGCUGGAUCAGCGGAGGGCGGCACAUGGUUCUGGAAUCGCUAUCCCGGCGCUCGAUUUGACUCUGAGAGCUACUCUUACAUCUUCUCGUUUUCCCAAGAAGUCCUUGACGAAUGGGACUGGACCGAGCACUUCUCUCCCCAGACGGAAACGCUGCGGUACAUCCAGUAUCUGACAAAGAAAUUCGAUCUUAAGAAGGACAUGCAAUUCAACACUCGUAUCAAAUCCGCACACUUCCAGGAAGACUCCAAAUCAUGGCUCUUGACGGAUACGAAUGGCCGUACUUACAGCUGUCGUUACCUCGUCACUGCGAUGGGUAUUCUAAACGAGCCAACUUUGCCCGACAUCCCCGGGGUCAACGAUUACAAGGGGGAAGCAUGGCACACUGCUCGAUGGCCUGGAGAGGGUUCUACUCUUGAGGGCAAGCGGGUGGCUAUCAUCGGCACCGGUGCGACCGCCAUUCAGACAAUCCAGGAAAUCGUUAAGACAGUGGGUUCGCUCACGGUAUUCCAACGUACACCAAACUGGACUGCUCCCCUGAGAAAUACGAAAAUCAGCCCGGAUGAGAUGAAAGAUAUCCGACGCCGAUACCCCGAGAUCUUUCGUCAAUGUCUCGACUCCUACUCUUGCUUCAUUCAUGUAGGAGACACGAAAAGUGUUUUUGACAUGACUGAAGAGGAGAGAAUGAAGCAUUGGGAAGAGUUGUAUGCUCUUCCAGGCUUCGCCAAAGUCCUGGGAGUGUCCGGGGACAUUUACACCGACCGAGAAGCCAACAAACUUUACAGCGAUUUCAUGGCCAACAAAAUUCGUCAGCGCAUUAAUGACCCGAAAGUUGCCGAGAAGCUGAUUCCCAAAAAUCAUGGGUUUGGUACUCGCAGGGUGCCCUUAGAGAGCGGUUACUAUGAGGCUUUCAACCAACCAAACGUUCGUCUCGUGGACCUGACCGAAGACCCAAUCGAGAGAAUUACGGAGAAGGGAAUCAAAACACGCGAGGAGGACUUCGAGUUCGAUGUCAUCAUUUACGCUACCGGAUUCGAUGCCGUCACGGGCUCUUUCAGAGCAGUCGAUUUCCAGGGUAUUGGUGGCACUCAACUUCAUGAUGUUUGGAGCGAGGGGAUUCAAACCUUUCUGGGUCUGACAGUCAAAGACUUCCCGUCAUUAUUCAUGAUUAUGGGUCCACAUCAGAUGUUUGGAAACAUUCCACGAAGUAUCGAGUAUGCUGUGGAGUGGGUUGCGGACUUUAUCAAAUAUGCUCGCGACCACAAUAUCACUUAUGUGGAAGCUACGGACGACAGCAUGCGAAUGUGGACCGAGCAUGUCUGGAAAUGCGGCCAGGGCUUGCUAGCGAAUGAGGUGGAUUCAUGGAUGACGGGAGUAAACAAGAAUCUCAAGCACAAACAGAAGAGGUCUAUGACUCGGUACAACGGGCCAGCUCCGGGGUACAGGAGGAGAUGCGAUGAAGUCAAGGCAAGACAGUAUUCCGAUUUUGUACUGGGGUAG